AUGACUCUUUAUAUUGCAUACAGAUACGCUAAGUAUGCCAAACCUCGUUCCAAACCGUAUCCGAAAUUUCACUUGGAUACUAGCAAGGCCUUUAUGGAUAUAAAACAAUGGGACCAUUCAACUCUGAAAGGGGAAAUCGUGGAUGUGAUAACCUUCAGAGACAUAAAUGAAGGGUUCAGUUUGGGUAAACUUAAUAAAGCUCUUCUCAAGGAUGUUUUCAACAAAGGUGGUGCAAUGUAUUUUUAUCACUCUGUGCCAUUUGAUUCAAUGCCACCCGAGCACUUAGGUUCACAUGACGCUUUGAGGGAAUUGGCUAAUUCGAAUACAGUCGGCAGCAUCACUAGAAAAACCGAUAAUGCGAUCGGUUUAAUGUUAAAUUGCGUAACUAAACCAUCCGCUCCUCUAUGCUUAGACGAUCAUACGAAUGCUUUUUUGUUUUUAAAGAAUAAUUUACGACCAGGGUGGUCUAUGAGAAGGACCACACGGCAAGCUUACAAGGAUUUGAAAAAUGGUGACAAAUUUUAUUCGGACCUAGUUUAUGACAACUUGAAAAAGUAUAAAAUCCCCUUUCAGACUGAUAGGGGCCCUUUAAAUGUUACUGUGCCUUUAAUCGAGCUUAUAGACAUGGUACAGGCCAUAGCGGUUCAUCCUGGCCAUCCUUCAGCAUCAGAUUUGCUGUGUAGAAGUUUCGUCAACCCCAUCACUGGCGAAAAACUUCCCAUAAUUAUAGAUGAUGGAAAAGCAGACAAGUUAAGUGUCCUUGGAUUAGUUCCUGGUCAUUUUAUCCGGGAUUCGAAGCUGGUUAGUCGUCAUCCAGAGAUCUCACACAUUAAGACUGCACCACUAGAUCAAUUCAUGUUUAAGAGACUCCAGUUUGCUAGAAAACUGGGCGUAGUUCUUAAUAAGUUUGAAAACAAGGGCACCAAAAAUGCACGGUCAAUGAUAUACCCCUUUCUCAGCCACCGAACAAUCCUCACCAACGGGAUUAAAUCAUUCCCCAUCACAAAAGACUUAGACAUCGAUCAAAAUUGUCAUAUGAUGCUUCCGUCUCCUAUUUUAGAAACAAUAUUAUCUGUGCAGAGACAUCCAGAUAUACUUUUAGUACCUAAUAUUACUGGAGUUAAAGUUACACUGGAAGCAUUGAGCUUUGACAAAACAGUAAUAUAUUUACCAAAGAUUGUUGACUCCAAGGGGAACUCAGCAGUAAACUUUAGGAGAGAUCUUCAUGUCCUCAAAUCGUCUAAAUCCUUCGACCAACUGCUAUCAGCCAACAAGCCGAGUCACCAAAUACAUGAAAAUAGUGCCGACCAAAUACGCGGAAUGUUGCUUGAUGUCGACGAACAUAAUACAGUUAUUUUUGACGAUUGUCAUAGGUACAAACAUUUCGUUAAUCUGAACUUGCUAAGUUAUCUGCUCACUAACUACCAGAGUCAUUUCAAGCCAGAAACAUACGAUUCCAACAUUAGUUUUCAGUUUGAUUUUAACAAAGUGUUGAACAUGAAAGACUUUCGAAGACAUGAUAAAGGUGAAGAAGAAAGUACUGGAAUUAAAUUAGAAACAAAACUAUUGACUCCUUGGAAUACUUUCAUAAUUCGGAGUAUCUUUGACCGAACAAUAAGUUUUGAAAAGGCAUUGAAAGAAGGUAAUAUAAUCAUGAUGAAUCGACUAUUUAACGAAACUUUAACAGAUAUAUGCCACAAAUAUAUCGAUUUGCUAAUGGCUGAGAUUGUAAUUAACUGUGAGAGAAACGAAGGUGGAUCAAUGUGGAGACUGGCAAAGGAGAAAAUGUUUCUUAAAGAUUUGCUGGGUAGUUGCAUCCUUAGUGUAGCUCAUAUGGCUAAAUACUUUUAUCCACAAUUGGCAAACUACAUAGGGAAAAAACUACCUUGCCAAAAAGACAAAUUCAGAUGUAACCUGGACAUUUAUCGCAAGAUUAGAAAUGGGGAAAUUAAGCCCAAUUUGCGAUAUCAGAAAUUAUUGGAUGAAAAAUUCCUCGAGGUUGGGAAACUUAUGUUGGACCUCAAUGGGCUUUUGAAGCAAAUUUUUGCAAUGCGCUGUCCUAGCCAUGCUGAAACAAUUCACAUUGUUAUCCAUGUGAAAAACAACUUAAGAAUGUUUUUAUUUCUGGGCGAAAAUUGGCCCUUGCUUAGACUAGUGUUCAACAAGUUUAAAAAGAACUGGAAAAGUGAUAUCAAAUUUAGGCUCUUCAGUGAGCAUGAAAGUUUUUCAAUGGUUAUUCAUGAAACUUUUGAAUUAAAUGAGGACGUCAGAGUUCAUGUUGCCUAUGCUUCCAAGCCAAACAGUGGUAAACUCAUGCCAGCUAUUGUCAAAUUAAAGAUUGAUGCAGCAGCAAAUUCUAAACUGGUAAAAAUAAACAAACACCCCGCUUUUAAGGAUAUUUUGAAUCAAAGUGAACGCCCACUGAACGAAUCACGCCCACCAGAGCAAGAAUUAGAAGCUAUGAUUGAAAAGAUGGCAAAACUGUCCUGCGACUUUAAAGAAAAGAAUAGAAUUUGA